GUUAGCUAAAAUGCAACAUAAAAAAAAAAUCAAUUUGACAAAAGCUUCAGAAUCCAGUUUUUCUUAGAAAAACGCAAAUACGACGUUUUCCGGCUUAGUUGACGCUGAUUGGCUAUUGGAUCACUACGGAGUUCCCGCCAAGGUAGUCCAGCUGCCUUGUUUGCUCUCAACAGAACCCUAAUCCCGAAAACAUACUUUCGUAGUAUUAUCAACGCCAUGGCUGAUAAAGAAGCAGCGUUUGAUGAUGCUGUGGAGGAGAGGGUGAUAAAUGAGGAGUACAAGAUAUGGAAGAAGAACACACCCUUCCUCUAUGACCUGGUGAUGACCCACGCCCUGGAGUGGCCCAGCCUCACUGCACAGUGGCUACCCGAUGUCAACAGACCUGAAGGGAAGGAUUUCAGCGUACACAGGUUGGUUCUUGGCACACACACCUCAGAUGAACAGAAUCACCUGGUCAUCGCCAGCGUGCAACUGCCUAAUGACGAUGCCCAGUUUGAUGCCUCUCACUAUGACAGUGAGAAAGGUGAGUUUGGAGGCUUUGGCUCAGUCAGUGGUAAGAUAGAGAUUGAAAUCAAGAUCAACCAUGAGGGAGAGGUGAACAGAGCCCGCCACAUGCCCCAGAACCCCUGCAUCAUUGCCACCAAAACCCCAACCAGCGACGUGCUCGUCUUUGACUACACCAAACAUCCCUCCAAACCAGAUCCAUCUGGAGAGUGUACCCCAGAUCUGCGUUUGAGGGGACACCAGAAAGAGGGCUACGGUCUCUCCUGGAACCCCAACCUGAGUGGCUGCCUCCUCAGUGCUUCUGAUGACCAUACUAUCUGUAUGUGGGACAUCAGUGCCGUUCCUAAGGAGGGAAAGGUUGUAGAUGCAAAGACUAUCUUUACUGGACACACAGCUGUAGUGGAGGACGUCUCCUGGCAUCUACUGCAUGAGUCACUCUUUGGAUCUGUAGCUGAUGACCAGAAACUCAUGAUUUGGGACACGCGAUCCAACAACACGUCCAAACCUAGCCAUGCUGUGGACGCCCACACUGCAGAGGUCAACUGUCUGUCCUUCAACCCUUACAGCGAGUUCAUCCUGGCCUCGGGCUCAGCAGACAAGACUGUAGCCCUUUGGGACCUGAGGAACCUGAAACUGAAGCUGCAUUCGUUUGAGUCUCACAAAGAUGAGAUCUUCCAGGUCCAGUGGUCUCCUCAUAAUGAAACCAUCCUCGCCUCCAGUGGCACAGACAGGCGACUCAAUGUGUGGGACCUCAGUAAAAUCGGGGAGGAGCAGUCGCCAGAGGAUGCUGAGGAUGGUCCACCUGAACUGCUGUUCAUUCAUGGCGGUCACACGGCUAAGAUCUCUGACUUCUCAUGGAACCCCAACGAACCCUGGGUCAUCUGCUCUGUGUCCGAGGACAACAUCAUGCAAGUUUGGCAGAUGGCUGAGAACAUCUACAAUGACGAGGACCCAGAGGGAGCAGCAGACACUGAGGUCCAGGCAUGAGUGACAUCUGUCAAUCACACAACACCCCUCCCUUGAUCACAUCCUCAAAACAACAUUCAAAUGUCUUUUUUUUUAUGCAUAAGAGUCAGUUGUUCUUUUGCAGUUUUGUAGAGGGAAACAUUAAGUGCUUGUUUCACUAUCAUGGCAUCAAGGUUUUGCAUAUAUUUAUAUAAGAAAGGAUCCUACUGUUUGAUAUGGUUUACCAGGGGGACAAGCACCACAGUUGAGUAGGCACCCAAUUAUUAUUUCUUUCAUGUUAAAUUAUGCUCAUAUUCUUAGAAACAUGAGUCAUUUAAACUAACUAACUAAUCUAAUUUCCAGUUUCAUUUUAUAAGAAAUUGUACAUAGAUUUUAUUCCCAUGAUAUCUGAAUUGUAGAUUUCCACAAUCAGCUUUCAAGCUGUAUGUAUAUCAUCCCUAUGUGUCUGUUUUCUUUGUAUGCUGCAUCGGAUUCCCAUGUUUUGUAAGUGUAUUCAUAAUAAAAAUGUAUUUACGGUAGA